GCCACACCUUGUUGCCAUGCCCAGUUGCCUCCAGUUAUGUUGCCAUUUGGUAGUGCAGUGCGCGUCUCGGACACGGCGCUGCGCUCUCGGCGCUCCUGCCGCUCUGCUCGUCUGAAAGCACACUCCGCCCUCCCUCCAGCUCCCAUCUCCACCUCCACCUCAGCCAGCGCCGAAACCGCACCACAGACAGGAGACAGGACGUUCAUCCGCCGUCUGCGCUUGUAGCCGAGGCACGCCGUUCCCAACCGGACCUCUCAAGCCAAGGAGGGUCUGAAGACCGCUCAGUCCCGGAGGCGCGUCCCGCUCAGCCGUCAUCAUCAGCUCCGCGCAACCGCUCCGUUCCGUUCCGCGCCGGGCUCGUCCGCUCGUUUCCCCCCUGGAGAACAGCUUAUCUCUUGGAAGCUGGAUGAAUUAUUGGAGAGUUGUGAACAAGUGCGAGAAGAAAGCUGCGGCUCGGGAUCUUCUUCCUCGCUGCGUCCAGGGAAGACAAGACUCAGCCAGAGUUGUGGACGAUAAUGGAGGGGACGUCCCUGAUUCUUCCUUUUCUUAUUUUACUGAUGCAAUGUUCCCUCUCCGUUUCCGUCACCGUGUCGACCAACGGGCACAAGGUGGAGGUGCGCGAGUUUUCAGAUGCGGUGCUGUCCUGCAUGUUCCACACAGAGAAAGACCAAAAUCCACGCAUCGAGUGGAAAAAGAAGGGGAGAGAUGUUUCCUUCGUGUACUAUGAUGGACACUUCAGAGGUGCCUUUGAGGGCCGGGCGAGCAUUGACGGGGCCACAGUGACGCUGCGAAAGGUGACCCAGGAGGACGCUGGGGAGUACCGUUGUGAGAUCAGUGCUCCUUUGGACACGGUCAGCCUGGGCGAGACCAACAUCACACUCAAAGUCUUGGUGCCCCCGCACACCCCGUCCUGUGAGAUCCCCAGCGGGGCAGUGACGGGCUCAGUGGUGCAGCUGCGCUGUAGGGACCAGCAGAGCAUCCCGCCUGCUACAUACUCCUGGUUCAAGGACAGCCAGCCGAUCAGCCCGGCACGCCACGCCAACGCCUCCUAUCUAAUCAACUCACACACAGGAAUACUGGAGUUUAAAGCUGUGGCCAAACAGGACACGGGCCGAUACAGCUGCCUGGCUUCGAACGGCGUUGGACCGCCCAAGAUGUGCGAGGGCAAGCUCAUGACGAUAGAGGACAUCAACGUCUCGGCCGUGGUGGCUGCGGUUGUGGUGGUCUGCCUGGUCGUCUUGGUCUGUGGAUGCGGGGGAUUCCUCUUGCACCGCAACGGAUUCUUCAGCCCAGGACACAGAGGAAGGUCAUUUUGGAUCUCCCAGUGUCCUGGUGCAGCCCACAUCAGCAGCCAAACCCUGCACAGAACAGAGGACACGUCCAAUGUCAACUACAUCCCUCCACCCCAAGAACCCCAGGAUUUCAAACACACCCAGUCAUUCAUGCUCUGACUCCUUUUGAGAAGACAUCAUCCUUGUGAUAAGGUGCCAACACUGGAUUCUCUGGAUUCAUUUCCCUCUCUGGACUCUGAAUGAGAUUUGAUCUUCCAAUUUUGUGCUAAUUUCAAUCUUCCUCUACCACUCCUCUCCGGAUGGGUUAUGGCAAGCAAAUUUGCAAGGCUUCUUCUUACUCUCUUGCUUUGCUGUGUGGGUCGUCUCUGUCGUUGACGUUUUCUGCUCUUCUGGGAAUAAGUACACUUUCGUGGCACUCUGCUCCCCCCUGGUGGUCAGAUGUCGAAAUUCCAAUUGAUAUUUUCCAAACGAUCCAGGGAGCAGCAGAGCUUUCCCCACACCUUGUUUCUUCCCUCUGCAGGCCUGUCCUUCCUUUUUUUUAAAACUACCUUUGUUUUUCUUUACCAAAGACUGACUAUUUCCUUUAAGAUUUAUUUGCUUUAAGAUAUUCAAUCAUCACAAGGGAGAUCUCCUUAAAGCCAAAUAGAAAGUAUUAUUUUCAAUCUACACGAACGUAAAUGCCGUUUACCUCAGCAUCCAUCUGCCACAUAAGAUCCUCAUGAUCUUAGUAACAAUAUGGAAUCAGACCAAGAGAACAGGAAGUCACUCCAGCCAAUUAUACUGAGACCAACCCCAUUCCAUCCUAAUGUGCCUGCAUGGUCUUUUUCUAUAUAUAAAUAUUAUAUAUACCUUGUGCCUUUUUAAUUUGUCUGUCAUAUUUAUCUAUGGAUCACAGUUUUUUGUAAAGAACUUGCCUUACUUUUCUGUCUUUAUAUUUUUGUGCCACGAUGUUUAUCAAAACCGAGUGUCUGUUUUUAGCGUGUGAAUGGAUUGUUCAGAGUUUUAUUUGAAUGGUGUAGCAGUAAUAAAAGGUUUUUCUAUUCAAAACCCAACUUUAUCAUUAUUAUUGUGAUUACAAACAGUGCUAUUUUGCCCCUCCAAGUUUAAAUUAUCCCAGGUUUUGACAGACAUGAGGAAAACUGCACUUUCUGUCUAUGCACCUGGGUGUUGAGUGAUCUGCAAAAAUGUCUAAAAUGAGACACAUCUAUAUCCACUCCGCUGAAAGGAAUGG